GCUUUGACGCCGUCGGUACCGGGGAAGGGGAAAGGGCGACUGCUGACUACGUCACACCGGCACCCGGAAGCGGAGAGUCGGAAGUGGGGUCGGGCAAGUUAUCCCCAGGGGUGGGGAAGCGGAGGCCCGAUAGGAGGGGGAAAAAGAAGGCAGAGGAUCCUGGCUACUGCUGUGAAUCCGAUACUGAUUAUCUUAGCUCUUGGGACGCUGAAGAAGAAAAGGGUGUUUUAAACCCCUUCCUCUCCUCCUUCUCAGUCUAAGCCAUGGCUGAGGCAGGAGCUGGGCUGAGUGAAACCGUCACUGAGACAACGGUUACCGUGACAACAGAGCCCGAGAACCGGAGCCUGACCAUUAAGCUUCGGAAACGGAAGCCAGAGAAAAAGGUGGAAUGGACAAGUGACACAGUGGACAAUGAACACAUGGGGCGCCGCUCAUCAAAAUGCUGCUGUAUUUAUGAGAAACCUCGAGCCUUUGGUGAGAGCUCCACAGAAAGUGAUGAGGAAGAAGAGGAAGGCUGUGGUCAUACUCACUGUGUCCGGGGCCACCGCAAAGGACAGCGUCAUUCAACCCCAGAACCAACCCCCACCACACCUCCCCAGCCUCCAGACCCUUCCCAGCCCCCUCCAGGGCCAAUGCAGCACUAAAUUCCUCUCUCCCCUACCA